GAGAGGGUGCGGUCAGAACACCAGCGGUUCCCAAGCUAUUUCCUAGCCACGCCACCCACCCAGCUGGGUCCCCAGGAAACGACGCCAUCGGCGCUGUCCCACUGCGCAGGCUCCACCCCUCGGCCCGCAUGCGCAGUCAGUCCAACCCGGCCUGGGGAAAUUUCCUUUCGCACGUCUGCUACAUCAGUCUCCUGUUUCUCCACCUACCUUCUCCAUUUUCCUAGUCCCUGCAGGACAUCACUGCAAUAUUAUUUGGAGAAAGUGUCAUGGAAGUUCUGCGUCCACAGCUUAUAAGAAUUGAUGGCCGGAAUUACAGGAAGAAUCCAAUCCAAGAACAGACCUAUCAACGUGAAGAAGAUGAAGAGGACUUUUAUCAAGGCUCCAUGGAGUGCGCUGAUGAGCCCUGUGAUGCCUAUGAGGUGGAGCAGACCCCGCAAGGAUUCCGGUCUACUGUGAGGGCCCCUAGCUUGCUCUAUAAGCAUAUAGUUGGAAAGAGAGGAGACACUAGGAAGAAAAUAGAAAUGGAGACCAAAACGUCUAUUAGCAUUCCUAAACCUGGACAAGAUGGGGAAAUUGUAAUCACUGGCCAGCAUCGAAAUGGUGUAAUUUCAGCCCGAACACGGAUUGAUGUUCUUUUGCACACUUUUAGAAGAAAACAGCCCUUCACUCAUUUCCUUUCCUUUUUCCUCAAUGAAGUUGAAGUUCAGGAAGGAUUCCUGAGAUUCCAGGAGGAAGUUCUGGCGAAGUGCUCCAUGGAUCAUGGGGUUGACAGCAGCAUUUUCCAGAAUCCUAAAAAGCUUCAUCUAACUAUUGGGAUGUUGGUGCUUUUGAGUGAGGAGGAGAUCCAGCAGACAUGUGAGAUGUUACAGCAGUGUAAAGAGGAAUUCAUUAAUGACAUUUCUGGGGGUAAACCCCUAGAAGUGGAGAUGGCAGGGAUAGAAUACAUGAAUGAUGAUCCUGGCAUGGUGGAUGUUCUUUACGCCAAAGUCCAUAUGAAAGAUGGCUCCAACAGACUGCAAGAGUUAGUUGAUCGAGUGCUGGAACGUUUCCAGGCAUCUGGACUAAUAGUGAAAGAGUGGAAUAGUGUGAAACUGCAUGCUACAGUCAUGAAUACACUAUUCAGGAAAGACCCCAAUGCUGAAGGCAGGUACAAUCUCUACACACCAGAUGGCAAAUACAUCUUCAAGGAAAGAGAAUCAUUUGAUGGCCGAAACAUUUUAAAGUUGUUUGAGAACUUCCACUUUGGUUCCCUGAAGCUGAAUUCAAUUCAUAUCUCUCAGAGGUUCACAGUAGACAGCUUUGGAAACUACGCUUCCUGUGGACAAAUUGACUUCUCCUGAGGUGGAUCUUGGAAAGCACUAGAAACUGAACGUCCUCACCAGGUGCUGAAGAAAAGUGGCUUCGUUUUAAUUGCCACGCAGGGAUGUGGACAUUUGGAUGGUGACUUUCCUGGGUGGUUCUCCAUGGAUUCACCAUCGCCUCUAAUGGUGUCUACAGCCAUCAAACUACCAGCCAAGAUGGUGGUGGGCACAAGGAGGCCUUGUGCCUGUAACCCUUAGUGUAUUCUUUCUGGUUGUCUUCCUUUUAAUUUCUAAAUUCUGGUAAAAUACUCAUAAAACUUACUGUCUUUACCAUUUUAAGUGCACAGUUCAAUCACGUUAACUGUUAAUACAUUCAUAAUGCUGUGCAGCCGUCACUGCCAUCCGUCUCCACAGGCUUCUCAGCUUGCACAAUGGAAACUGUGCCCAUUAAACAGCGGUUCCCACUCUGCCUGUCCCCCUGCAGCCACCAUUCUACUUUCUGUCUCUGUGGUUUUGAGUAUUCUCAGUAUUCCAUAUAAGUGGAAUCAUAGUUACUUGUCUUUUUGUGACUGGCUUAUUUCACUUAGCAUAAUGUCCUCAAGGUUCAUCCAUGUCAUGUCAGGUGACGGAAUUUCCUUCUUGUACUAUACAUACAAUCAAAUGUUCAGUUACAUGUGUAUACCACACUGUUUCUCCAUCAGUGAACACUUAGCUUGCUUCCUCUGGACUGCUGGGAGAAGUGCUAUUACAGACACGGGUGUGCAAAUAUCUCUUUGAGACUCUGCCUUUAAUUCCUUUACUACCCAGAAUUUUAUCUUUAACGAAAUAACUAUUAAAGGUUUUUGCCUUU